GUUUAAUGGAUACUGUAUGUUUGUUUUCCAUUGCGACGAUCACUCAGACUUGAGCAGCAGUCCUAUUCUUUGUAUUAUGAAUUGUGGGCAUUGCUGUGUCAAAAGGAAUGCAAUUUGGACGGUUUCUUCAUACAACUUUAUUUCGCAAUGCUUUGCAGAAUAGAAAAUAUUGUUCUGUGGCUUCUACUGCAAAGGAAGUUCUUGAGAGGAGAAUGUGUGGGCUUCCAACUUUACUUGGUUUUAGGAUAGUCGCUGCUGAGCGAGGUUCAGUUACAGCUUGUCUCGAUCUUCGAGAAGAAUUGUUGGCCGCUAAUGGCUAUUGUCAUGCUGGAACAGUUAUUACACUAGCAGAUACUGCUUGUGGUAGUGGAACAUUUUUGUCUCUGCCUUCAGGUGCAAAGAAUUUUACAACAAUUGAACUCAAGUCAAACUUUUUGGGUACUGCUACGAAGGGACAGAUUAGGUGUCUGGCAAGAUUGGAACACGAGGGCCGUUCUACACAGGUUUGGAGUGCAGAAGUAUUUCGUGAAGACGGAAAGAAGAUUGCUCUAUUUCGUUGCACUCAAAUGAUGCUUUAUCCACGUUAGCUAUUGUUACAUUGUUCUUGUGAUGCACUCAAUAUCAUUUAAAAUGUUAUUUCUCUCUUUCUCUUAUUUCCCAACACGAUGAGUAUCAUGUUGGAAUGAACAGUUGUUUUUGUGC